AUGGUCCCAGAGCCUCCAGAGAAGUACAUGAUGUCUUCCUGCUUCUCAUCAGAAGAGAAUGGAGUCGUUGGACAAGACAAGGAGAAGACUGCCAUCAUCAUGAUGCUUCUGAGUCCUACCACCCCAUGCCAGCCUCCAGUGUCUUCCUCCUUUGCUACAGAUUCCACAGUCUGCUAUUCCUCACUAAAUAUGCAACAACCUGCUUGCAAUUCUCUGGAAAAGGGCAAAGAAACCCCGGAGGAAGAACAGAACUUGGGUACAGAAACCGAGCAACCCCAGUGUGAUCCAGAGAAGAGCAAUUCGGACGAUGUGCCCUGGAAGCUUCCGGCAACGGGUCCUCUUAGCUUCCUGGAGAAGCAGGCGUCAUCCUGCCCGGUGGUGCUGUGCCCAGACGUUGUACCCUCUCCUCAGCACCCCGCAAGGAGCCUGUCUGAAAGGCACUGUGAGAGCCAGGGCUGGCUGCUCCAGUUUGACCGGCAAGCCCCAGGCCGAAUUUCCACCUCUCCCACUCUGAGGAGGUUACGGGGCAGUGGCUGUGGGACGUUACACUCACUGCCUCAGCAAGAAGGCUUGCAGGUGCCCACCUGGGGAAGCUGGGGAGAGUCUGUAGGCUGCACACAUUACCUGUCUAAGAGUCUGCCUGGACACCCAGAGGCUCCUCCACACUCCCUGUCGUCCUGGAGACUUCGCUCUAAACUUCCUUCAGACCCUGAACAGACCCUGGAUACAGCUGACUCAUUCAAGCUCCAGACCAGGCCCACUGACCAGUGCGUCCUUCCUGAACUUCAAUCCACCGACAAGGAGUCUCUUCACCAGGCCUCUCUUCCGGGGCAAGAAGCCCACUCACCACCCAGACCCACGCUGCGGUGCCCUGGUCCUCAGGGAGAGGAAUCACGUCCAUCCAGGUAUGUAUGCAGCUGUUUUCUCCAGUGUUAUGACAUCUAUUGGUGUUCAUAUUUAUGUCUUUAUUUCUGUGCUGACAUAACAGAUCUGAUGGUGUAUUGA